AUGAUCCCGUCCCGCAUUCUGUCCCGCAAAAUUUUUGACCCAUUCCAUAUAUGGAUCAUCCGGGAUUUUCUUCUGGCAGCGAUCGCCGCCAUGAUGAACAGAAGCGGCGUGAUGCGCUUGGAAACUCGAAGCCGAGCUAAGGAUGAUGUCAAACGGGUUAUGCUCUCGGUGGAGCGCGUAAGGAAAUGGUAAUCGUAAAACCUUUACAUACUUGAACCCGGAAAUGUGGCAUCGCCGUCAGCUAUUUCGUUUUAUGUAUUUUCGGCGAAUUCAUUCAUUCGUUACACAAAAGCCGUAAUCGCAAGAAAAUCUGUUGAUCGUAGUUCAAAGAUUUUACCCGAUCCUAACGUUAUUCUCGUUGUUUUGUUGGUUUACAGGGAAAAGAAAUGGGUUAACGUCGGUCCGAGCAGCUGUACGUUGAAAGUUUUCAAAUGGGUCCCGGGUAAGUUCAUCGGUUAAGAAAUAAUUUUGAUCUGUCAAACUCUAUUGUUUUGUACACGUGCCCGAUUCGUGACAGCCAGUUUAAAACUCUGCCUCUGUUUAUAAAUAUUAAAAAUAGUAUCAAUAAUAUUUUCCGGAUGUCUUAGUUACCUGCUGUUAUCGAGGGAUGCACGUUUAUGCAUUUAUGAAGUAAAUUUGAAAAACAUAAAGACAAAAAUAUUCUGACGGUUUUGACCUAUCAGUUAAUAUACAUUCAGUAGUGUAGCUUUGUCAUAGAAGUUGAAGUUUGACAAGUUGAUCGGGAGGUGGUCAGGAGUUUUAAGCGAAAUAAUAAUUUAAUGUCUUCAAUGUAAAAAUUUAGGUUUGAGAAAAAUUAGAAAAGUUAAUUUUUUAAAUAAACAUCUCUUGCAGUAAGUCAAGACCAGAGCAAGAAAGAGGUAUGGGGUAGUUUUCGUUUAAAUCUAGUCAAAUGAUAUUUGUUAAGUUCAGAUCAUAACUAGUUCAACUAUUUGAGAAAGAUUUCUUUCUGUAAACCUACAUAUAAUUUGAUCAAAGUGUAAAAGCUGUUUUAUGAAAUUAAAAAAAAAACAAAAACAGUGCUGUUGUACUUGGAUCUUUAUUAUGACUACAUUUGGUAAUGCAGGAGAAAAGCAAAGUGAAAAAGCAUGUCACAACAAGUAAUGGUAACACUGGUAAGUUUUACUUUUCCUCUGUUAUGGGAAGAAUAAUGAAAUUGUAUUUUUGCCCUGUGGUUUCAAUUAGAAAAUGUGAAAAAAUGGGUAGAUUAGAACCGCAGGCAGGCAAUAACUGUAGUUUUGAAGGCCUGAAAAGCCUCUUGCCUGCAAGAUGGUCAGGGCUCCCUUGGGCAGUUAUGAAGUUCUAGACUUUUGCACCCAGGAAUACUUGCAUUUUGAGUGCUAGUUUUUUUUUUGUUGCAUUGUUGUUCUUUAAAGUCAACCGACUUGAGCAAAUUUGAAGUGAAUUAGAUGUUAAGAGUACAGUGGCAUCUGUGUAAAUGCUACAGAUAGGUAGCUGCCAUUGGAACCCUGUUGUUUGUGUGUUUUGCUGUUCAAACAUGAGUGGUAACUGGAAAAAUUCCAAUAAAGUUGUGGUUGAAUUAAAAAUACAGUGUUUUCUGUUUGAUCUUCUUUCACAUUGAUUUGCUUGUAUGUUUACAACUGUCUGGUUAGCCUUUUCACUUAAUUAAUUAAAAGUUUUGAAAGUGCCUAUUUAUGUUCUUUGCAAAUUAAUUCCAAAAUGGUAUAAAUUUUUCAACCAGAUGAGGGAGACAGAGACAAUCAGUCUGUUAGCUCAAGUGUUGGUGAAACUAAUGACAGUGCUGCAUCAUCCCCAAGUUCAUCUCAGCAGCAGUCUGUGGACUUGUUGACAGAUUCAUCUGUCAGAACCAAGUUUCAACCAGUGCAUCCUUUACAGCUGAGUAGUAACAAAACAUCACAAGGGGAGAGCAGUGGUCCUCCAACAAGCACAAGUCCAAUCAAACGGCGAGCAAGUCAGGCUGAGGAGCUCCUGAAAGCAGAAGAGGCAGGAGGUACAAACUAAACUGCCCUUCUUUAUUAUGUCUUUGAGGGAAUUCUGUUUAAGUUAUAAGUUUUAAGUCCUAGACUAAAAUCAAAACCUCAACAUGCUGGUCAGAUGCUUGCUAUCAUCUGUAAACCCUUUAAACCCAAAGAGUGACCAACAUCUAUUUCCUCCUUAAAGUAAUACUGCUGAAUCAUUUACCAAGAUAAUGAGAAUAAAGGGAAUGAUCCCUAACUAGAGAAGCUCCUGAUUGUUAAAUAAAUUCUCCUGAUCAGUACCUAAGGAAUGUAUAGGGAACAGUAUGGAGAAUAUGCAUACUGAUGUAAGGGUUUAUAGGGUUAACUAAGCCAGUUUGUAAUUUUCUUUAGCAAUGUUACCUGUAAUCUAGUGUGAAUAUUCAUGGAGUUUUCCAACUCAAACUCAUAUUUCAUUAGGAAAUCACACAAAUUUAACAUUUUGGGCUUGAUAUAUUUUUUGCUGCAGUUAACUAUGAGGAAAGUGACAAAGGAAGUCUUGGUAAUGACGACAACUCUUGCAGUGCCUUUGAUAUCAAUGAAGACAGCAACUUAAGCAUGAAUGAUGCCAAUAAUGAUGACAAUGAAGUGGACAAUAGCUAUGUGAGCAAUGAGGAUGAUGAAAAUGAAGAUAAUGAAAUUGAUGAAGAGGAAAAUGAUGAUGACAAUGAUGAUGAUGGUGGUAAUGGGGAUACCCAAAAUACCUAUGAAGGAGAUGAAAGCAACCUUGUGCCCUCCAUUGUAAGGUAACUUGGUGUUAAAGUGACUGUUUUUUUUUACCAAAUUUAUGCUACCUAUAUCAUUGAAACAACUCCAUAUUCUUAUCAGAAAGUAGAUUCUUGCCUUCCUACAGCAAGAUGAAGAAUACAAAAGGAAAAAAAUUCCAACAGACUCAAUCAUCCCAUGACAGUUAACUUAACUUAAACAACUAAACACCUUGAUUAUGACAUGAUGUUAUUUGUUCGUUUAUCUUAGUGAAGAGAGUGCCACCAUUUCAUAUCGACUGGGGAUGGGAAUGAUCCCAGAUGAAGAAGACUCCACAGACUUUGAGAACACAAAUGAUAGCUCAUUACAACCAGUAACAGAUCUGAUGGGUGUGGGAGAUGAGCCAUCUAAUGAGGCUGAGCAAAUACCAUCUCAAACUACAACAGAUAUCUCAAGCAUGUUUGAGCAAGAUAGCAACCAGGAAGUAAGGACAUUUAAGCAUCAUAAAUACACUUGUUAGGAUGUGUGUAGUCUCAAUACUUACAAUACACUGUUGCCUACAGAUGAAUCCAAUUAUAGAAACGAUUUCUGUCCAGAAAUUGGAAAAUGUUGGAACACUUCUAAAAACUGAUAACAAAUCAGUUAUUUCUUUGAGAUAAACAAAUUGUCAUUGUUGUCUUAAACCGAUUUAUCUGUACAUUAAAAGACUGAUGUUUCCCUGAUUGUAUUGUUUCUCCAGAGACCAUUACAUAUUAAGGGAAUUUAUCAAAGUUCAACUCAAUUUACAAAUCUCUGGUGCUGCUCACAGUCAAUUGUAUCUACAUAUGAAUGUGUUUCAGAAAAUACCUCCAUCAGCCUUUGCAUUUUAAGUGCAUUUAUUUUAAAUAAUUGAUUAAGUGAUUUUCUUUUGAGUUUUUAAUUUGUUUGCUCUCAUUGCUUUUAGGGAACUGACUGUCCAGCUCUAAAGAGACCUCGUACUGAGUCUCCCAGUGAGGAACAAGAACAAUAACAUUGUUAUAGUAGUUAAGUUUAAUUUCUUUUGUAGAAAAAGAUAGAAAUGAUAUUUAUAAGAUAAAAAAAGAAAAGAGAUAAGACAGAAAAUGUUGGUUACUAUUUAUUGGAGAACCAGAGUAAAAGUUAAACAGCUUACAUUAAGCUUUCCUCAAAUGAAUACUGCAGUUGUUUUUGUGAAGAAAAUGUUUUACAAGGAACAUCAUAUCUAAAUUGUCAUUGUGGUUGACUGUCUUCUGUACACCUUUAUCAAAGGAACAUUUGCAAUUUAUGAUUUGGAGUCAAUUAUUCUGCUAUCCUUUGCAACAGGG